GACAGCUUCGUCUGUUCUUUCCCGUAGGCACAGAGAGAGAGAGAGAGAGAGAGAGAGAGAGAGAGAGAGAGGUGCAGACGGACGAGCCUUUCCUUUCGUUUCCCUCCCUCCUCUGGGGAAUGAUUUGGUGCGCAGGCUCGACCCGGAUUUGACUCCGCGCUGCGUCUUCGGAGAAUUGGUCGUGUCAACCUGCUGGUGUGAUCUCUGUCACGAGUAAUUGCUGCUUCAUGGUGUCUGCUGUCGAGCGCAGCAGCUCUUGAUCGCCCGCUGCUGCUGCUGCUGCCUUGCCUGGGGUCGAGCUAGACAACAGGUCGCAAUGGAUUCGGACAGUCCGACACAAGCGCAGUCAAAGCAGCUGCAGACGUACACGUACGCUGAUUUUUUCAAUCCGGAAACUUAUGGACAGCACGCUGUGAAAGUGGCCAGCAAUGUUUGCUUCGGAUUCUUUGUGCUCACUGUUCUCACCUUCACAGUUAUAGCGGUCACAUACCAACCAGGUGAUCCAUGGCUUCAGUCUUCAAAGUCAAUGACACAGCUCAUGACGGUUAGUCGAAAUGCUACGUUCAAAGCGGACGAGACUGUGAUCACCACUGGAGAGGAUACGAUACCUCUUGCUAAUGGUCUUCCUCCAGCUAUCAAUAGCUCUCAGGUGGAUGCCGAAGUAUCAUUUGCUCAGAAGCACGGCGACUGCGAAUUGCUCGGUCCGAUCAAUUGUUCAGAUCCAGGGGUUCUCUUUGCAAUUGAGAAGUACAAUCUGCAGACGUUUAGAUCUCUGGAUUUCUACAACUACAGGUUUCCUGUGCGAGGAUCUGCAGACAACGAAUGCGAUGUGGCAUGGAAGUAUCGAUCCAGCAAGGAUGGUUCUCCUCGGAUGUAUCGUGACUUUCGUAGGUAUGUUCUUGCCGUCAAAGACACUUGCGAUUACCAUGUGAAAAAGAUGGGAGACUGGCACUCCGGACUCAAUGCGCGGCCUAUGAAGAGACAUCGAUCAGAUAACAGCACAUUGGGUGUGGAAGUGGGCGUGGACACCGUAAACGACGGGCUACUUAACAUGACUGAGAAUGCUUUCCACUCAGUUAAAUAUUUGUACUACGAACGCGGAGGUGAUUAUUGCAAACCUAUGAGCCAAUACAUGUGGAGUCUCCUGUGCGCCAUGGGAGAAGCUCGCUACUUGAAUCGAACCUUUGUUCUGGACCUGGACAUCUGUCUUUCAGCUUCAAAUAACUAUAUCGGUAAGGACCAUUCUGCCAAAGACGAGCCUCACAAGGAUUUCCGGUUUUAUUACGAUUUGGAGCAUCUGAGGCAAAAGCUUUCAGUGAUCGACGAAGCUCAGUUUCUGAAGGAUUGGCGUUCCUGGGAUAGCAAACAUGGUAAGCACCGAUUACAGGUCCGUGAAAUAGACUACAGAACGACUCCUAUGGAAUUGAAGAACGAACGAAGUAAUGUGAUAAAGAGGACCUUCAGAGAACCUGAACCCAAUAAUUAUUGGUUUCGAGUUUGCGAAGGAGAGGCAGAGAAAGUGAUACAACGACCUUGGGAAUUGGUCUGGAAGUCGAGGCGCAUAGACGAUAUUGUGCUGGCCAUCUGCGGAAAGAUGGGAUGGGAUUACGAUGUGGUGCAUGUGGUGAGAGGGGAAAGAGUCGAAAAUAAAGCUCUGUGGCCCAAUCUCGACGCCGAUACUUCUGCGGAAGCUAUAGCAAGAAAGCUCGACGACAUUGUCAUACAGGGCCGGAAUUUGUACAUUGCUACCAAUGAGCGUGAUGAACAUUAUUUUGACAAGUUGAGAGGAAAGUGGAAGGUAUACACCCUAGACGAUUUCAAGGAACUCUGGAGUGAGACUAGCGAAUGGUACAAAGAGACGAAAGAACUCAACGGUGGCGUGCCUGUGGAAUUUGAUGGUUACAUGAGGGUUGAAGUCGAUUCUGAAGUACUGUACAAAGCCAAAAAGCGGAUCGAAACCUUCAAUGAUCUUACGAAGGAUUGCAAGCUAGGGUUAGGUUCAUGUUAAGAGCUGCUAGGAAUUGCCUUAACUUUCUUACACUAUUUAUUAUUCUUUCAUACUUAGUUUCCACUGUAGGUGGACCCAUACAUGCCAGAAAUGUGUUCUCAACACAUCGGCUGUCUUGCCAAGGCCUGUGUCCAUCAUCAUUCACAGACCACUGUUUCAGAUCCUAAUCGUGUAGUGCUUCUGAAGUAUAUUUAAGUCCAGGGACCUUGCGAGUGGGACGUUCACACCCCCGUGGAUCAUUUUUUAUUGAGGUAGUAAUGUAGUCACAAAGGGUACGAACCUGAUUGUGAAGCUGGUAGUAGUGUUACCCAGGAUACUGCACAGCAGCAGUGAGAACAGGAAAUGCGUAAGGAAACUCUAACGUCGAUCGGGACCCAAGGCCACGGGACCUUUCCAAUUACCGAAGGUAUGACUCAUUUCCUGCAGCUGGUUGUAUGUAAUUAUGAGAUUGGUUUCAGAAUAUUAGUUGAACUGAAACCAUCACUGCUGCGAAGUGAUGCUUCACAUUUUGUUAAGCGAAGUGAGCUGUACUUGGAAGACGACUUUUAUGAAAACAAUGUGCAUUCGAG